GCAUGCAACAGUACAAGUUGUUUAUCAGACAGUAUAUCGUCUAAACAAAAAAUGGUUGCCAUAGUUUCGGAAAUGAUUCAUACAGCCAGUCUUGUACAUGAUGAUGUCAUUGAUGCCUCAGACACACGGAGGGGGGAGGGGGCUUCAAGUUUAAACAAAAUGUAUGGUCAAAGAAAAUCAAUUCUUGUUGGUGAUUACAUCGUUUAUCAAGCUUCUAUAGCUCUAGCAUCAAGAACAGAUAAUCCACGAGUUAUAACUAUUCUUUCCUCACUAUUGGAGGACUUAGUUUCUGGUGAAUUUAUGCAACUUGGUUCAAAAGAGGAUGAAAAUGAAAGAUUUUCUCAUUAUUUAAUGAAGACUUACAAGAAAACUGCCAGUCGUUUAGCCAACACAUGCAAAGCUGUUGCUGUUUUGGGAGAUGAUGAACGAAUAUCUGAGUUGGCUUAUCAGUAUGGUAGAAAUCUGGGCAUUGCUUUUCAGCUUGUAGAUGAUCUAUUAGAUUUUAUCUCAAGUGAAUCCAUUAUGGGAAAACCAACGGCUGCUGAUUUAAAGCUCGGCUUAACAACAACACCUGUUUUAUUUGCUGCACAAGAGUUUCCUGAGUUACAUCCCAUGAUAAUGAGGAGGUUCUCUCAAGUUGGGGAUGUUGAGCAGGCUAGAGAAUUUGUUGCAGAGGCUGAUGGCGUGGAACAGACCAAGUUACUUGCUCUUCACCAUAGCCGUGAAGCUGUAAAUAUGUUAAAAGACUUUGCUCUAUCUGACGCCCAGAGAGCCGUUAUUAAGCUUGCCCAAAUUCUGCUGGACAGAAAAAGUUAA